AUGUCUUUCACCACCCAAGAAGAAAUCAAGUCCUUUGGCGGCAAGAUCGUCAAGCUCCAGCAUGACUCUAAGGAGACCAAGACCAAGAUGGAUGUCAAUCUCUAUCUUCCAAAACAGUACUACGAGAAGCCAGACACCAAGCUGCCAGUCCUGGUCUUUCUGUCUGGAUUGUCCUGUACUCCAAACAAUUGCUCUGAGAAGGGAUUCUGGCAGCCUUACUGUAACGAGUACGGCUUUGCCAUGGUGUUCCCAGAUACCUCUCCAAGAGGUGCUGGUGUCGAAGGUGAGGACGAGACCUACAAAUUCGGUACCGGAGCAGGAUUCUAUGUCGAUGCCACCGAGGAGAAAUGGUCCAAGAACUACAGAAUGUACUCGUACAUCUCCAAAGAGUUGCUACCGGGCUUGGCUUCUGCCUACUCGCAAUUGGAUUUCGAUAAUAUCUCCAUCACCGGUCAUUCAAUGGGAGGAUACGGUGCAUUGAUGUUCUAUUUCAGACACCCUGGAAGAUUUAAGAGUGUUAGUGCUUUUGCGCCAAUCUCGAACCCAUCUAAUGGCGAAUGGGGACGUACGGGCUUUAGUGUUUAUCUUGGCAACGAUAAGUCGAAAUGGGCCGAGUACGAUCCAACAGAGCUGAUCAAGAAGUAUGACGGCCCAACAACCCCGAUUCUCAUCCAUACAGGUAAAGCUGACCCACACUACUAUGAAGAACACCAGCUUUUGCCGGAGAAUUUGCUUAAGGCUAGCGAGGAGUCCAAAUUGAAGGGUAAAAUUAUUUCGCACAUGGAAGACGGAUACAAUCACUCGUUCUAUUUCGUCUCCUCGUUUACCAAGGACCACGCUGCCCACCAUGCAAAGUAUCUGGGAUUGACUUCCAAGCUAUAG